CUGAAACAACCCUGCCUGCGCUUCCACUUCCGGACCGCCUCAAUGUGAAGAACAUCGUCAACCGAUUACCCGCUCAUGAAACACUCAUCCUUCACGGCUUGAUGCAUCUCACAAAGCCUCCUGAUGGCUUCUCAAGAUGGGUCUCAACGGCGAACCUCUUCUCAAAGGCAGAACGGGACCCAAACGCUGGCAGACAAUCCUUAUAACCCCAAUUCAGCCGCCUAUCUCGCCUAUCCUGUGAAGCAUGUGGUAUCGAGUCUCUAUCGUCGAAUGACCGAACCUCCUGAGCAUCCCGUCAGCAAGUUGCUCGACGCUCCUGCUGCAGCGCCGUCGUCCGGGGUCUACACGCCUCCCAAAAGAACACAAUCUCCCUUCCAACCUCCACCUCUUACGCCACUCGAGCUGAGACAUACGCUCUCGCCCAAAGCAGCCGAGUCGCUUCUCUUGACUCGACCCCUCGCCGAAGAGAUACGGCUUCUCAUUCCACCAAGACUUCAACUAAUCGACCAUUGGCGUUUGGCAUAUUCACUAGAGGCGCACGGCUCUUCGCUGGCAACACUAUAUGAACACUGUGCCAAUGUGUCUACCUACACGCAGCGGUCAGGCUAUGUACUGGUGGUAAAAGAUGGAUCCACGGCAGCUUCACAAGGAUCGGUGUUUGGUGCAUAUCUUUCAGACUCGCCCAAGCCGGCCUUGCAUUAUUUUGGCACCGGGGAAUGCUUUCUCUGGCGUGCCAGCAUAUUGCCUGCGUUAAGAGAUUUCUCUGCAGGUCUAAACGAGACCUCACAAUCACAAUCUCAUGAUUUGCUGGAGCUGGCUGGCUUACCUCCUCCGCCCAGCGCCGAUACGACAAACCUCCAACGAGCCACGACAAUUCGUGGCGAACGGAAGACUUCUUCGGUCUCCAACUCAACGACAUCGCUUCCGCUACCUACGAACAAGGAUACUCUUGCGCCGCCACAACUGCCUCGCUCAGGAACCUCGACGCCUGACCGUAUACGUUUCAAGGCCUUUCCUUACAGCGGAAUCAAUGAUUUCUUGAUCUACUGCCAAUCAGGCUACCUUUCUGUGGGUGGUGGAGAUGGCCAUUAUGGCUUAUGGUUGGAUGAUGAGCUUAACACCGGCGUCAGUGAAACAUGCCCAACAUUUGGCAACGAGCCCCUGAGCGACGAGGGACGCAAAUUUGAAAUCUUGGGCGUGGAGAUGUGGUACGUGGGCGCGUAACGAAAUAAUCGACAUCAGGCCUCCAUGAGUCGAGCCGAUCUGAAGCCGCUGCAGCUCUGGGCCCGACCACCAAGACUCGACCUCAACAUCCUCGCUCUACAUCUACCUACCACAUACUCAGACAAUCCAGCCUUGUGUGAACCAAUGCUGGAUAAGGUAACAUAUGCUGUCAAUCCUAACAACAGGGAGCGACAAUUCCCUCCAAGCGAGCAUGAGACUCAUGUAUCUGUGCAUUCAUAAAGCAUCGUGAUUCCGCCGAAAUUCUGGGACCACUCCAAAAGCGACCGGAUGGUACAAAUGAAGCGGUGCGACCGCAUCCCAGCGAUGUGCUCGUAUGGCUUCAGUCGCGAUUGACACACGUUUCACAAACUUCGUAUUUCGGCCAUCGAUGGAGGAAUUAUUGGGUGGUGCGAUAUUCUGUUCACGGUCAAUGGGCUUCUAGAAGCAGGAACAAGCUUCCGGACUCCCCGAUCGCAAUCUCUGUAGAGAUCACGAUUGUGGAAUUCCCUUUGUCCUUUUUCCAUCAAGAAUAUCCCCAUAGCCAAAGGCACUGAGCAGGAGACACGACGUCACGCAAGGGUUCUGUUAUCCGACCGGAUGUCUUUUGCAGAGGGAAUUGUACGAGGCACGCUAGGCUCUAACUCGGCGCCUGAACGUAUAUGCGUUUUAUGCUCGACUAUGACCGGGAAACAAUGCAGUGGCCAUUUAGGAAUUCUGCCCGAAGGUCCUAGUGCAAGAAUUGAAUGCUGCCUCUUAAGAGAAGACGAAAGAGCCAAUCAGCAAAACUGCCACAGCUUCUACAUACGGAAAGCACUCCAUGAUCCCCGAGGUCCUGCUUGUGGUGGACAGAACAACAGAAAUCACAAGAGUAGGCUCAUACUGAAUUGAUUUCGGCCGUAUCAGGGCAAGUCGGACGAAGAACUCGAUGGUUAAUAAUAUACCUGCAUCGAGCCAAGCGGUAUAUUGGUUUGGUGAAGGAUACAAUAUGUUAUGGGACAAGUGUUAGAUGCUGAUCAAGUCCAAGUCCAUUUUGAAAAUGGUCAGCAUGAGGACGCUUGAUCAUGUUCGUCCGAAACCGUGCGUCAAAAUUAUUUUUGGUAAUCC